GACUGUGAUAACUAAAACAACAAAUAUACACAAAUUUAAUGAAUUUAAAUACCUUGAUAUACGUUAAUCGACACAUUCAAGUUUAUAGAAGUGCAUUGAACUCAACAGCUUUACUGUAAAUAGCGAAAGAAACGUUUUAUUGCCAUCCGUGCGUAAAUCGCUAAUUGAAUACAUUUUGUGAGACGACAGUUAGCAAAAACAUAGGAUAUGGAAGUGCCAUUGGAAACUACUGAACAUGAAAUACCAGAGAUAAAAUAUGAAUAUCUGGAUCAUACAGCUGAUGUGCAACUGCAUGCAUGGGGUGACUCGUUGAAGGAAGCAUUCGAACAAUGUGGAAUGGCAAUGUUCGGAUAUAUGACUGAAUUGCCUACGGUAGAAAUUAAAAAUUGCUACCAGAUCACAACGGAGCCAACGGAUGAUGUAGAAAAUUUGAUGUUCCGUUUUCUUGACGAAUUACUGUUCCUUUUUUCGGCGGAGCCUUAUCUUAUAUGUAAAAAACUGGAGAUUACAAAGUUUGAUUUGGAGCAGUUUACAAUCGAAUGUAAAUGUUACGGCGAGGAAUUUGACCUGAAGAAGCAUCCCCAAGGAACAGAAGUGAAAGCAAUAACCUAUUCUGCAAUGCAAAUUUGCACAAAACCAGAACACGAUAAAAAUGAGGUAUUUGUUAUAAUCGAUAUAUAA